AUGCCAAAACUACUCAUAUCAGAGCUAUCGUUACCGUCGUUUUUACCAUUGUCGUCAACAUCAUUGAAAUCAUCUUCAUUAACAAUUUUAUUAAUCUAUAUUCUACACAUAGUAUUUCAUUUAUUAGAAUAUAUCCCGAAAGUAGACUGUGUUAAAGGUUGUGUAACAUUUGUUGCUGGUGAUGAUUAUUCAAUGCGUCAAUCAAUAUGUGAUAAAUUGAAUACACACUUUCAAACUAUUCCAUUAAGUCUACCAAGUGAAGUAAUCAAAUUGACAGUGAAUCAUCAAGAUAUUGUCCAGUUGAAUGCUAGUCAAUUUAAUCAUUUGCCAAAUUUAACCUUUUUAAAUUUAGAUUCAAAUAAAAUUAAAAUAAUUCAUCCAAAUACAUUUAGUAAUUUAAAUAAAUUACAAACAUUAAGUUUACGAUAUAAUUUUUUAACUAUAUCUCAUGAAUCAUUCCAUCCAAAUGUGAUAAAUGGUUUAAUUGGCUUACAGCAUAUCAAUUUAUUACAUAAUCCUAUCGGGAAUGUACCAAAUCACUUUUUUCUACCUAUUAGUAAAACCCUACGUUCAAUUGUUCUGUCAGGUGGAUCUACAGACUUUCAGUUGAAUAAAGAAACGUUUUAUGGUCUAUGGAAAUUACAACUAUUAGAUUUAAGUAAUAAUCAUUUAGAAAGUUUACCUGAAUUCUAUGAAGGAAUAUUUAGUCAAAUGCAAUUACAAGAAUUAUAUCUUUAUGGUAAUCCCUGGAAAUGUGAUUGUCAUUUAAGAUGGUUAAAAGUAUGGUUUUUAAAAUAUGGUAAAAAGUUGAUUUAUUCAAAACCAAUCAAUGAUGCUGUCUUAUUACGUAAUAAUAUUGAUAUUGAGACAAAUAACUGGUUACUAAAUGGUAAUACUAAUAGUAAUAAUAAUAAUGGUAAACUGGAUUAUCAGUUAAAUGAUGUAAAUACCUUAUUACAACCAAAAUGUGCAUCACCAAUUGAAUUACACGGACGUCCAUUAUUUAGUCAAAUUAACAAUGCUGGAGUACAAGCUGUGCAUAGUACUGACUUUUAUUGUCCACCUGAAGUGUAUACACCUAAUCAACAAAUUCAAUUAAUUUUAGGAAAUAAUUCAACACUGUUAUGUAACUUUUUUGCCGAUCCGUCAGGUAUUGUUGUCUGGUAUAAAGAUGGAAUAAGAAUACAAAAUCACUGGCCAAGAACUAUUAUCAAACAAAGUCAAGGUAAAAAAUUUCAAGCUGAAUUAACUAUUGAAAAUAUACAACCUUCUGAUGCUGGUAUUUAUGUUUGUUAUUUGGAUACUGGUUAUGGUUAUGUGAAUACAACAUUCAAUGUUCAAGUUGACAGUAGUCUUGGUGGUGCUGGUAGUACAAGCCUACAGGACACUUAUCAACAACAUCAUGAUGGUGUAUUCUAUUGGAUAAGUAAAUUGGAUACAACGCUUAUAUUAAAGUAUACAGGAAUGAUUGCAACAUGUUUAAUUGUCUUAUUACUAUUAAUGGGUUUAUCAAUUUACUUUUUCAAUGGAAAACAUCUUUGUCGACCAAAAUUAGAUAUAAAUAAGCAAAGUCUUUCAAUUUAUGACGACAAAUCGGAUCAUCAUCAGUUUCAAAUGAAACAUGAUGGUUUAGAUGAAACAGAUACAUUUAAUAGUAGUAUUACUGAAAAGAAUACAAUAAGUAAUUCAAGAAGUUCAUAUACUCUACAUGGACAAAAUCUUAAACUAUGCACAUCAUUAGCAUCUUUAAGUGGUGACAGAGAUCAUAUUUAUCUACAUACCGAUGGUAUUGGAAGUCAACUUAUCGAUGAGCACAAUUUACUAUCAUCAUCGUCACAAAAAUCACAUCAUACUGAAUUUGAUAAUUAUGUAACAGUCCGCUUGUUGCCAACAGUGACACGCGGUGAUUUAUCAAUGCCUUGUCCUAUACAUAAUUAUGCAUUUCUUCAUCCGGUAUCAAGUAAUCCUGUAACAGUGAGUGAUGCUCCCAAUGCCUCUGCUAACACCAAUUUGGAUGUAACUGUUGAUGGAGUUAGCAGUGGUAAUAGUAGAACUGUGCAACUUACUCCAAAUACUAAUCUCAUCUCUUUAUCCAGUAAUACAGAAUUAAAUUCAGAUUUAAAAAUGCUCAAUACUACUGAUGAACAACAGUAUCUACAACAGUUACCCACGAAUAAUUUAAACACUAGUAAGCCCUGUUAUGAUGAAACAAAUACUGCAAAUACGCAUGAGAUGAAUUCAUCCCUUUACCACACACCAUGUCCAUUACACGGGAAUUUAUAUGCAACAUUACAAACAAAAGACAAAAAGCUAACCACUUCAGAGAUACGUAAACAUAUUGCCAGUGUACCGCCUGGUUUAACAGGUUUGAACUAUGAAAAACAUUAUACAUUACCAAAUAGAAAGUUGAAAACAUUUUCAUCCAGUAAUACAACUUCCUAUUCAAUUUUCACUACUACUACUACUACUACUACUACUAAUACAACCAGUACUACUCCUCCAAUUACAAGUGAUAAUAACAAUUGUGAUAAAUCAAGGACCAAUACUGCUGAUAUUAUGAAUAACAGUAGUAAUACACGUAAUUCUACUAAUAUUUCAGUUAUACAUAAGUGA